GAAAGAAAGAAAGAAAGUCGACAUCGAACACGACGGUCUUAUUGUUUUUAUUUCUUCUUUAUAAUUUCUCACUUUUUCGAAAGGAAUAUUCUUACAGCAGCAUCGAAAUUUAGCAAAGUGGAGAUGUCUCCGAGAGAUCGAUGGCAUCCGUAAAUUCGUCCCUUUUUUCCCCUCCUUUAAGGUUCGAUCAUGAAACCCUCCCUAACAAGAGGGGAAGGGUAAAAGAAGAGUGAAGAACGAGCGAAGCGAAUCAUAGCGUCGUCGUAACAGUAGGAGGGGUGUUGCGUACACGCUCGCUGCCGCCACCACCGUCACCGCCACCGCCACCACCGCCACCGCCACCGCCACCACCACCGCCGCCGUCAUCGCCGUCAUCGUCGUCAUCGUCAUCAUCGUCAUCAUCGCCGCCGUCGUCGUCGCCGUCGUCGUUGUCGUCGUCCUCAUCGUUCGUCGCUCGUGUCGCGCUCGUCGCUCGUGUCGCUACCGUAGUAUCAGCCGAAGUUUACCGAACACACGCCGAGUACGACCGAGCGUAUGCUGACUCGUCUCGAGUCGUGUUACGAGUCGUUCGCGAAGGGACGUGUGCGUUCAGUCUCUAGGUAGCCUCCGCCCGUAACGCGUCGUUCCUUCUGUUUCCUUAGUCUAGUAUUUAACGCUUUAAUUUAUCGUCUCGCGAUUUCUUCUUCCAUAAUCUCGCCUCUUCUUAAUCUUUUCCUUUUUCUUCAUCCUUCGUGCUCUAACUGUCUCUCUCUCUCUCUCUCUUUCUCUUUUUUUCUUUCUAUCUAUCUAUCUAUCUAUCUAUCUAUCUAUCUAUUGAUCUAUCUAUCUAUCUCUCUCUUUUUCCUCUUUUUGAACUAAUCGACGCGAAGAAAAUUAUACGCAUACACGCGCGCACAUAUAAAUACAUAACAUAUACAACGUGUACGUCGAAAGAAUACUCGGACAUCAUAUAUAUAUAUAUAUAUAUAUAUAUAUAUACACCAAAUACGCACGUACGCAUAUAUACAAAGAGAGAGAGAGAGAGAGAGAGAGAGACGUACGUAUAAGUAGACACGCGUUAACACAAAGCUCGCACGCGAGUUCUUUCUCUUCACACGUCCUCGUUCCUCCUUCACCUCUUCUCCUCUUUCCUCCUGGAAUAGAGGAAGAGACGAAUGAGCGCGAUACGACGUCGGUUUUCAUCUUCUUCUUCGUCGUCAUCGUCGUCGUCGUCGUCGUUGCCGUCGUCGCCGUCGUCGUCGUGGUGAAAUUAAACGUGUGUGUUACUAACGCGUAUCUCUCUCCCUUGGAAAAGCGAGAGGAAGAGAAAAAGAGAGAGUAUCAUUUCGAGGGAAAGGCGAAACAUAAAUGCCGAUUUACGUGCGCCCGCGUCGUUGUACUUUUCUUUCAUUGAUUUCCCCUUCCGUUCCGGGCGGUGGUGCGAGAGCGUGAUAAGAGUAGUAGGAGUAGAAGAAGAAGAAGAAGAAGAAGAAAUAGUAGAAGAAGUAAUAGAGAAAAAAGAAGACUCGUGCUGCAUUCGAGAAUAUAGAGACAAGAAGAGGAUCCUUGAGGAAAAAAGAACGUAGACCGUUCGUGGCCUGUCGCGUUUCAAAGUUUUCUUUGAAACCAGAUUAAAGAAAAAGAAAAAAAAAGAGAGAGAGAGAGACAUACAUAAAGAGUCUCUCCGAGUGAGAAGAGAAAAUAAAAAGAAAUAUAAAUAAUAUUAAUAAUACUAAAAAAAAAAAAAAAAAAAAAAAAAAGAAUAGAGAAAUAAAGCAGCGAAGAAGAGGAAAGAUUUUCUUUCUUUCCUUCUCGGUACUUGAUUUCACGUGCGAUACCGGGUAAUAAUAAGAAAGGAAAAAAAAAGGAAAGAAAAAAAGAAAGAAAGAAAGAAAGAAAUUGGAGAACGGAAGGAAAGAAGGAAGGACAGGAGUCGAGAGAGAGAGAGAGAGAGAGAAAGAGACAGAGAGAGAGAGAGAGAGAUACAGAGACAGAGAUAGAGAUAGAGAAAAAGGAAAAAGACAGAAAGAAACGAGAAACGAACGAACGAAGGGAAAGAAAAAAAAAACAAAAUUGGACUUGUGAUAAAGCGAAUAUAGAGACGCAUUAAUAUACAAAGGGAUAAGGGAUAGCCUGGAUUAUUUUUUGGGGAAGUGAGAGUGAGAGAGGUGAACGAAGGACGACAGGUAAGAAGAUACAAAUUUCGUACGUAGUUAGUGACGACCCCUCAGAGGAGUGCAAUGAUGGCGAACGGAAUGGACACUGUCGUACAACAAAAUGGAGGAUCCACUCUCGGACAGACAUCGCAGGAGGAGUCGAAGACGAAUCUCAUCGUAAAUUAUUUGCCUCAGAGUAUGACGCAGGAUGAAAUCCGUUCUCUCUUCUCCAGUAUAGGCGAGGUCGAAAGCUGCAAGCUUAUCCGCGACAAACUUACCGGUCAAAGUUUAGGAUAUGGCUUUGUCAACUAUCACCGGCCAGAAGAUGCUGAGAAGGCUAUAAACACUCUCAAUGGUCUUCGUCUGCAGAAUAAAACUAUCAAGGUAUCGUACGCGAGACCGAGCAGCGAAGCAAUAAAAGGUGCGAACCUUUAUGUGAGCGGCUUGCCGAAGAACAUGACGCAGCAGGAUCUGGAGAACCUUUUCAAUCCUUACGGAAGGAUCAUUACUUCUCGGAUACUCUGCGACAACAUCACCGUACGACAGUUUGUGCUCGGCGGCGGAGACAAUUUGCCCGAUGAAAAGUCGUCACAGUUUCGAUGCAUGGUCGAGGAUUUCGAAAAAGAAUUUUUUAUUUAAUUAAUCAUUUAUAUC